CUAUUUUCAUGCCAUGGGAAUCCCAUCUCGCUAUUUUUCGAUUGUUAUUAUAGAAGACAUUUUUCUGCACCGAUUCUUGCUGGAUAGUAGAGAGGGACAUCUUCUUUCAGAUUCUGUCGGAUUCUACUGUUUCGGAAACGGUUGAUGUCAGCGGGAAUUUCCGGUCACAUGCAUCAGACUGCGCCGGAUGGGAGUUCUCGUGUGCUGGAUGCUUUUGUGCUUUGGGAACUCUUCUGCGCUGUCUAGGCAGCCUGCCAUUGGUCAUCAACACUGAGGUACUCAUUCCUUAUACGGAUACACAUAUGCAAUGAUGUGGCAUAUUUGUAUAUUUUUGUUUGUUUGAGAGGUUCGUCGUUUCUGCCAUGGAUCCGGUGCUUCAGUAUCCUUCCUCGCCGGUCGUCGAUUACAUCUUUAACAGCGACAGCGACAGCGACAGCGAUAAUGACAGCGAGUCAGAUUUGCUGUUUCCAGAGUUUGAUCUUGAACUGUCCUGCGGAGAUUGCACUGAUCCUAUCUCCAAAGGGUCGGAUGCGGGCAUCUCACAGGAGGUGCAGUCCGCCCUGGCGACCGCGCUGUCCAGCCAGUCACUGACUCCCAUUCUGAAGGAGGAGCUGCGCUGUAAGAUCCAGCUGAAUCGCCUGCUGCACGGCCAGGAGGAGAUCACUGCAGAUUUUUCCGAAAAAUCGAGUUCGAUGUCAGUGGAAGAGAUAGUGAAGAAAAACCGAAAACUGGAGCAGAACAGAAUGUCAGCCCACAAAUCGCGACUGAAACAGAAAACUCUUGAAGAAAACAUUAAAUCUCGACUGGCGUCCCUGGAGCGACACAAUGCCUGGCUGGGUGAGCAAGUGAAGUCGCUACGGCAUGCCUGCAGCUUGGCGCGCCAGUGGCUGGGCCAACAUGAAGAAUGUCUGCAGCACACAGCAAAACUGGUUUAUGCAGGAAGAGAUCAACCAUCCUCGCCGUCAUUGUCGUCGACAGAUGCGCAGAGUGUAGGAGUGCAGCACCUACUGUGUGCCGCGACAAACGGUCAGGGGUCAAACGUGUAAAGAAAGGUUGCAACGCACAGGAGACAGUUGUGUCAACAAUAACAUUUCGAAAACCGCUGUAUCGGGGUGUGCACGAGCAUUAUUCGGAGACUUUUGCUAAUGUAGGGGGAACAACCGUUUAACAUUUAGCAUGGCGAACGCAUAGGAGAGACCUUAUUUUAUCUUUUUUCAGUUUUCUUACUCUUUACAGUUAUAUUCUCCAUUUUUCUGACCCCCACCACCACCCCCGCCACCUCCACUUAACCUCCUCACAUUAUAUAUUUUGUGUUAGUAGUAACGUGCACUAACAUACACAGACGAGAGAGCGAGCGAGGGUGGAAUCCUGAGAGCUGUCUUCUCUUACUGCUAUUUUGUAAAUAAAGAUGAUCAUGUGAUAGCAUGUCGCUGGUUAAGAAUGGAAUACCCUUCUCAUCAGCGGAGUUUGUUUGUCUGUCUGUUUCUGUUACUUUAUCUCUGUCGGUCGUUUGGUUGGUCGGUUUUUCUUCUGUUAUUUUCUUUUCCCUUUGUUUUUUGUGUGCGUGUUUUUUUUUAAUAGAUGAUAUCAUAAUUGAGAGAAGGAAAUUGUUUUCAGUCUUUCAACACCGUUUGGGCUCCUUGUCAUUGCAUGGUAUUUUCAAUUGCUUGAUUUCCAACUUUUUCUUUUACAACACAAUGGAGGCAGUAGACACAUGUAAUCACCGAUAUCUUCGUGCACUGAAGUAUGACAAUCUCUUGAACGUAUCCCACAGUUCAUAAGCAACCUUUUUCUAAUAGUAUAAAUAACAAGAACUAUUCAACUGAUUUAAUUAUCUUUCUGUAGGAAAGUUAAUUUGCUUUAAAAUUACACUAACAUUAAAAAUUUUAUUUCACAAAACAUUUUUGUGGAGAAACGUAUAAUCGGAUAACAUUGAAAAAUUGGAUUAAUUACUAAAACCAAUCAUGUGUGCAUAACAAUUAAAUAAAAUGUACACACUAUUACUGAAAUUAUUAUCGCUGUUUCAUUAAACUUUCAUGAUCCAUGA